GCGCUGGCCCCGCUCCCGGUGCCGGAACAUGGAGGGCCCCGAGCUGCUCCGGCUCUGGGCGCUGGCAGCCCUGGCCCUGGGGGUGUCCCUGGCCACUGUCCCCGACCACCACGUCCUCCCCGAGCUCCGCGUCCCCGCCGAGACCGGAGCCGUCUUCGUGCACGAGCUGGAGCGGGAGCCCUUCCUGGAGGCCUUCAGCGGCAGCGAGGAUGACGAUGCCCCGGUGACGUUCCGUGCCCACCUGUGGGGACACCCGGACCUGCCGCGGUGGCUGCGCCUGGCCCAGCGGGGCCCCGGGCAACCCGGCUUCCUGUACGGCUGCCCGGGGGCACCGGAGCUGGGCACUCACAGCAUCCAGGUGCUGGCCUACAACCGCCACACCUUCGCCACCGCGUCGCAGCGCCUCGUCAUCGUUGUCACCCCCGCUCCAGGCGGGGAGGCGCCGUUCCAGGCCGAGUUCCUGGUGGGGGACAGGGACGUGGAGGAGCUGCUGCCCGAGGCGGCGCGGGAGCUGUUCCUGCAGGCCGCGGCCGGGCUCUGGGAGCGCGGGGACCUGCACGCGGUCAACGUCACCUCCGCCCUGGACCGCGGCGGCCGCGUCCCGCUGCCCAUCGAGGGCCGCAAGGAGGGGGUGUACGUCCAGGUGGGCUCCCACAGCCCCUUCUCGCCGUGCCUGGCCUCGGCCGUGUCCCCGCAGAGCCGUGCCCGCUGUCACCGCGGCCAGCGUCCCCUGGCCUCCUGCUACGACACCUUCGCCCCCCACUUCUCCAUCCGCUGGUGCAACCUCACCCUGCUGCAGGUGUCUCCCACCCCCUCCCCGCCGGGGCCGCUCUGGGGGCCGGGGGUGCUGGAGGGGGGGUCCGGCUUUGAGCCCCCCAGCGAUGCCCCCGCCCGGGCGCUGCUGUCCCCGUUCCUGGUGACAAUGCUGGUGCCGCUGGCCGUGGCCGCGCUGCUGUCGCUGCUCCUGGGCCACCUCAUGUGCUGCCGCCGGGAGGGAGUGGAAAAACGGGACUUGCAGACGUCUGACCUGCAGCUGCUCCAUCACAGCUCCAUCGCGGGCGACACGCGGGAGCUGCGGCUCAUGGCCGGCAGGCGGGACGUGCCCCGGGACGUGGCCCGGCCGCUCUCCACGCUGCCCAUGUUCAACAUCCGCACGGGACAGCGCUCCGACCCCAUGGGCAGCGCCCGAGCGCCGCUGCUGCCGCCCUGAGGGGACCCCGAGCGGGGGACACCGAGCGGGGGACACCGACAGAGAUGGGGACAGCGUGUCCGGCGGGGUUUAUGGGGGUAAAACCCCGGUAAGGAGGAAGAGGAGUUGUGGGUUUGGGGCGUCCCCUCUUUGGGGUGAAUUUUGGUGCAUAAAUUGAGUUUCAGUGAGGAAA